AUGAGUGUCCAUUCCUUUGACCAUGCGCAGACCGCAGAAUUACCAUCAACCUCUCACCAGGUAGAAGACAUCGAAGCCAAUCCACGCCCUCAGGAUCCACCCAUCUCGCCGACCACGCGGGCGCCCCCGUCUCCGGACGCGUUUACCACGGCUGCGAGACUCAACUCGCGGGACACUGCCAGGAUUCGCAGGCGGCGUUCGACCACCGCGCGCUCAUACUACCGCGAAGAUGGCCCCCAUGACCAGAACUGGCAGCCUGGCGAGGAGCCGGGCAUUGAUCCAAAUCAACCGCUGCCGGCCUACAAUGCCGAGUGGAUGGCUGCAACUGCCGCCGACCUGUACAAACGUUGCGAAAUCUCCGUCGUGGACUUUUCGCAACAUGAGAUGCGCCAAUAUAUCCUCGAUAACGACACUCUAGAAGCUUUCCUUGCGCGCGAGAGGGAGCCCUGGGUGCAAUGUCGGUGGAUCAACGUGAACGGGCUGAGCUGGGAUGUGAUCCGAAUUCUCGGAAACCACAAAUGCCUGCAUCGGCUUGCAAUCGAGGAUCUGAUCAACGAGACUAACCGCACAAAGGUCGACUGGUACUCUGAUCAUGCGUAUAUCGUUCUCAAGUUGCAGAAGUUGAUCAAGCUCAAAGAUGAUGAUGAGGAUAGUGAUUCGGAUGAUAGCAGCGAUGGCGGACACGGCCCAUGGACGAACGAUCGCAAGAGCUCCACGGCCAGCACAAUUUCACUGAAACGGCCCACUAAACGCACGUUGAUCCUGGAGGCUUUGAAGGAUAUCUUUAGACCCAAGUCAUCUGAUCGCGAUGGUACUGGAAGACGCACGUCCAGUGGGCUAGGCAAGGCUGCUUCCAAAGCGUCUGGUCUGAGUGACCUGGACAAUGAACUCCCACCACGCAGCAUUCAGCGGCUUCGUGGCGGCCCGAACGAAGAGCGGAUUGCCUUCAUGGAACGUCACGCCAUCCUGGCCGCGAAACGGCUGUGUGUUAUUCUCGAACAGGUGUCUAUCUUCCUUCACUCAGACAACACUGUAACGUCGUUCUUCGAGAACAGUGCAGACGAUAUCGAAGCCCCGAUCGUGAGGCGACUGAGCUCCCCGGAGACAAUUUUACGCCAGUCGUGCGACGCGAGUAUGAUUGUGCAGGCGAUACUAGACGCUAUCAUUGACCUUGCCAUACCUGUGACGACCGCCUAUCAGGAUGCCAUAGGUGACCUGGAACUGGAGGUUCUGACCGACCCUGACGUUGAUCAGUCUAAGAGUCUCUACGUCCUCACGUCCGAGAUUGCUAUUCUGCGGAACUUCAUGCAGCCCAUCGCCACGAUAAUCAACGCACUGCGAGACCACCGUUCGGAACCUAUUCAUACUCCUGGCCUAGGAGCGUUCAAGAACAUUGGUACGAGUAGCCCUGCAGGCGACGGGACACCAUUCAUCGGGACCGCCACGCCAAAUCUGAAAAGCCUAGGUGGUUCGAGCGUAUCGAUUAGUCCUCUAUGCCAUACCUAUCUGGGUGAUGCACUGGAUCACUGUAUCACGAUUGUCGAAGGCUACGACCAAAUGCGAAGGGCUGCCGAUAACAUGAUCGAUCUGAUUUUCAACACCAUCGGUGCAUAUCAGAAUGAGAGCAUGAAGCAACUCACACUGGUGACGUGUUUCUACCUUCCUCUGACUUUUUUGACGGGCUACUUUGGAAUGAACUUUGAUGACUUCUCUGGCAUUCAUCACAGCGAUUCAUAUUUCUGGAUGAUCGCCGUUCCGUUCGUUUUUGCGACCACCAUGUUUCUGAUGUAA